AUGUGGCGGGAAUCAGAUUUCCAUUUAUACCUAUUGGCUCUAAGUUUCGGUCUUUCAAUACUCAGCAGGGUCAUUUGAUUUGAUCAAACUAGCCUCUUAGGGUUUCUCAGAGAUCAGAAGGCAUGAGCUUCACCCAAUUCGAUGGCACUGCGGCCUUCUCUGGCGGUGGCUUCAUGCCCCCUCAGGCCACCCAGACCGCCGACCCCUCUUUCAAUACCUCAAAGAAUCGUGACGUUCAGACAUUGCUGCCACUUACUGUGAAGCAGAUAAAGGAUGCAUUUGUCUCAGCAAAUGAAAAAUCAGAAUUUGUUAUUGACGGUGUUGACGUGAACAAUGUUACACUUGUGGGGAUGGUCCGUGACAAAGUUGGAAGAAUUACAGAUGUUGCUUUCAUUCUUGACGAUGGGACUGGACGGUUGGAUUGUAACAAGUGGUUUGAUGAAGCAAUAGACGCAAAUGAAAUGGAAAGAAUCUUGGAUGGAAUGUAUGUCCGGGUUCAUGGACGCUUGAAGAGCUUUCAGGGCAAAAAGACCUUAAAUGUCUUCUCUAUUAGGCCUGUGAAUGACUAUAAUGAGAUUGCAAGCCACUUCAUUGAGUGUAUAUACGUCCAUGUCUACAACAGCAGGUUACAGAAAGCACAUGUUGAUGUUGGCGUCACUACUCAACCACAUAUGACAAUCCCAACAAAUCAGUUUUCUGGCCAAUAUAGCUUCGAUGGACAGAGUAGCACUGAAGUAAAGGUCUUAGAAAUUUUGAGCCAGCCUUCAUACCUCAAAAAUCUUUUAGCAUGUUACAAGUCAUAUGCUGCAUGUUUCAAGUCAUAUGCUGCAUGUUUAGUGGCUUGAAGUGAUCUAUAAGGCCCCGUUUGGUGGGCUGGCUUGGACUGGUUAGGAUGCGCUUUGAAGCAUUGGAUUGGAGGUUUGCAAAUCCCUUUGGUUGGGGCAGCAUUUAUUAUAUUUUUCAUACAAAAACACUCAUUGUAUUAAUUACCCAAGUGUAAUUGGUGUAUAUUGUUGAUGAGUGCUGCAAAAACAGAAUCACAUUUGUAAAUCUUCGACAAUAAAUUGUCAGAUUGAUGUUGAUGGCCCGAGUAAAUGAAAAUCACAUUUGUUUGAACUUUGAACGA